AUGAGAGAUUGUCCAUUGAAGGACAGAGAGCUUGCACAAUCGGAACGAUCUGUUUUGAUGUCUCAAAGAGAUAGGGGUAGAGGUAGAGAAAGAAAUCAAAUAGAAUCUUCUACUCAACAGGAGAUGCGCUCCACUGCUAGAAUAUAUAAUCUUAAUGAUAAUGAAGACUGUUACCCAGCAAAUCCCUCCUCAAGUUCAAGUGUGUCUCCAAACAAUGGCUCUUUCUCAUUUCAGACCCUCAGUUGUCUCUCCCACACUCGCCACCAACACCGAGAUGAUGAUCGAUUUCUCGAGCCUACUGCACUUUUGCUGAAAGUACAGUAUAUUUGUCGCCUGAAUUCGAUAACCCAACUCCUCCUCAGGUUACCAGCAAAUCCCUCCUCAAGUUCAAGUGUGUCUCCAAACAAUGGCUCUUUCUCAUUUCAGACCCUCAGUUGUCUCUCCCACACUCGCCACCAACACCGAGAUGAUGAUCGAUUUCUCGAGCCUACUGCACUUUUGCUGAAAGUACAGUAUAUUUUGUCGCCUGAAUUCGAUGUGGUUCCUUUGAAACAUUACAGUAAAGUCCCUUUCUUUGAUUAUAUAUCGAGCUCUAACUUCGACUUGAUUCAAUCUUGUAAUGGAUUGUUUCUUUUAGAAUCCCUGGAUGAUGAUGAGGACGAUCCUGUUUCCGGCUAUUUCAUCUGCAAUCCGACUACGAAGAAAUUUAAGAAGCUAUCUUUUCCUAGAAACCCUUUUAAAGCUUGUGAUUUUUAUGUUAGUUUGGCUUUUGAUCCUCUGAAAUAUCCUCAUUAUAAGAUCAUCGUUGUUCGGGAAGUGUCAGUAAAUUCUUAUGAGUUUGAGAUGGAUAUAUAUGCGUCCGAAACUAAUUGUUGGAAAGUAUCCGAAUUCAAUUUCAAGGCCGCCGCGGACGAUGGCAUAGCCUUUAGGGACGCAGUCUUCUGUAAUGGUAAGCUUCAUUGGAAUAGUUACGGAAAUGAAUCGCUGUAUUUCAAUGAUGAGAAGGGAAGUUUUCAGAUGAUGCAGAUGCCAACGCCAUCAAGUGAUCACCAUCAGCUUGAGAUUCAUAGAUAUUUUGGAGAGAUCAAUGGGAAUUUACAUCUUGCAGUGACAUACCAUGCUUACAUUGCCUUGGACUUGAAUGUCCAUCAGAUGUCAAGCGAUUAUUCACAUUGGUUCUUGAAGCAUCGUCUGAAUCUCGGCGAUGCCACGAAGGUUUUUCCAGAGUUGAACUUGGGGUGUUACCCGUUUGCACCCGGGUUCUCCGGUGUGAGUUUUGUUGGAUCCAAGAAAAAAAAUGAGGCAAAGGUUGUGAUAUGGGCAGAUGGUAAGAUAAUAUGUUAUGAUUUCGGUGACGUAGCAUGGAAAAUGGUGUAUGAUCCAGGGCCUGGUCUCAAGUUUGGCGCUCAUCGUGACCAUUUCAAUCAUUUACACGAACAAAGGUUUAUUUCUUACAAAUACUUUGAGAAUCUAUCCUGUAUUUGA